CUCCAUGUCUCCACCUCUCCAUCUCUCCAUCUCUCCAUCUCUCCAUCUCUCCAUCUCUCCAUCUCUCCAUCUCUCCAUCUCCGUCAACACAACGGUCUCUGACCCCCCUCUCUUUGCCAGGCUCACCAGGUCACAAUCAUCGUGUCUUCUCUUAAUCAUCGAUAGCAUAAUGACGCACCCAUCCGUCAACAUUCAAGUUCCUGAUCCGGACCGGUGGCAGUAUCCAGGACAGCUCAGCCAUCCAGCUGACCCUUACGUAACCUGGAAGCUCCGACACCCCGGCAACAACCCCAUCGGCGUCACUAAGCCCGCUCGCCUCCAGCAGCUAUCCAAAGCCGAUUGGAAGGAUCUCCAUGAUAAGGAUGAAGACAAGCAGAAGGAUAAGAAGUACAAGAUGACACAGAUCCCGGCGGAAAAGACGGGCAGCCCAGAAGGGUACCCGUGGGUUGUCCACCUUUAUGCGAGAAACCUCGAGGAAUCGCUUAAGUGGGAAUGGCCUUCAGAUCCGAAUGGGAGUCAGGCUGCGAGGUUCAACUCCAUAAUUCCCACACAGUGGGUCAAGGGGACUGCGUGGUUCGCUCGCGGAGUUAGCAAUGAUGAUCGGGCGCCCAUCUACCUGAUGACAGCGGCGCACAAUCUGGUCAAAAAAGCUCCCCGGAAAAUAGACGAAUGGGGACGACCGUUGCAACGCGGUCAACUCAGCCAACGCCUGAGUUUCGGUGUCACCAAGGAGUACAAAAAGUGGCCCUACAAGGCGAUGCACAAAAGUCGGGCCCGCGCCGAUGCCGUUCUCAUUGUUGCCGAGAUCCGACCGGACCCUCAGACCGGCGGGGUGUACAAGCGCUUCGAGGCAUGGGCGGACAUGGCUUGUAUCUCACAGCAGUACCUCAAGGAUCCUAACGGUAGCCGACUCGACAUCGCCGCUCUGCGACUGCGCAAAGGCAAACCCUUCCCCAGCGACUUUCCAUCCGACGUGCUCAGCAAUGCACCCUACAUUCACUCCCUACCGCCGGAAUUCGAAGCUCGUUCUGAUGCCUACUUCAUGGGAGUCGGCAUUCCCGGCUUUCUCGACAAGUACCGCGAGCGGGGUGGGACGUAUCUGCUCCGAGAUCCCGCUGAUAGAAUCCAACAUGCGGAAGGGGUUGUCCCAAAUGUUUUCAACUUCUCAUCGUCCAGCAAAAUCAAGGUACGCAAGUGGCAGGGAUACAAGUAUUAUGUGCCCUGGGGCAUCGGGAAGUAUAAGUCCGCUGUGCCAUAUACGCCAUACGACCACCGGUUCGAGGGAACGCUCACCCACAAACUUCCUUACGAGAGAAUGCCCCCUGGCGUUUCCGGCGGACCUGGCAUCUUGGGCGUCUUUCAAGACAAGAGGAACAAGGACGAGAAGAAGGACGGCGAUAACGACACCAAGGACGGCGAAGACAAGGACAAGGACGAGGACAAGGGCAAGGACAAGCUUGAGAUGGUCGUUUGCUGCAUGGUCAUUGAGGACGCUGAUGAUAAGCACGCAUUUCGACCCAACCAUUUUUCCGGGGGCGCCGUAUUUUCAUCGUCUAGUAUGGCAGUGUACCCGACGCGGAAGGCGCUCAAGGCAGCAGAUCCGGCAGUGCUUCUGACACAGCUUGGUGCGAAGGGUUUGGGUUGGGAGCCUGUGAAAUUUGGCGGCCAGGAGUAUAAGCGAUUGUCCCGGCGCCUUGAGUAGGUAAAGGCCUGCACAUUGUCCAUGAAGACGACGGUGUGAACCGCUAGUUUGCUCCUUGGGCAUGUUUGACGCCAAAUAUUUGCUACGGAAGCGGUAUUUUCAAGCAGAUGGUGGCCGACAUCGCCGUGGUGAUUCUGGUUGUACAGGGGCUGGGACCCAAGAUCCUCGCGGCGGUGAAGAAGCUGCUCAGGGGGAUAUUGAGGCCGAUAAUGUUUGCGCUGCUAGACUGAACACUUGUUCCCUUUGUUGGCUCGCUGCUGUAGCUGACUCGAUCCCCGUUAUUCAAGGGUACCGCACAUGGCACUGUCGAGUCUGUCAUUUGUCUUUCACAUGCUCAUUACCGUUAAAUAAAAUCCCAUUCAGCUAGACUUGUGGGGGAGUAGAGUCAGCUCUGCAAGAAUGGAAGGCGAAAGUGUUGGU